AUGAGUGGUUCCGAUCGAAGAACGAGACCAAAGUCAACGGAUGAACAGCUCACUUUGACGGCGGCUCCGUCAGUCGAAACGAGCGCGCCGAUUGAGCCAGCCAGCGGACCUGAUGAAGAAGAAGAAGACGAAUUUGAGACAAUAGAUGGUAUAGAUGCGACAUCAUCGGGAUCCGCGAGUGUGACGUCGAGUAUAUAUGCGCAUACCUAUGAAAACGGCCGGCGUUACCAAUGUUUUAAGAAUGGUCGAUAUCCGAUUCCGAACGAUGAUAGUGAACAAGACAGGGAAGAUAUGAAACAUGCGAUGAUGUUGGAGCUUACAGAUGGAGAGUUGUUUUAUGCGCCUAUUGGCGACCAUCCGCAAAGUAUUGUGGACAUUGGAACAGGCACAGUUGGCGAUCGAUAUCCGAGCGCGCGCGUUCGAGGAAUAGACCUUACGCCCAUACAGCCCACCUGGGUGCCCCCGAAUGUUGAUUUUCUGAUUGAUGACUGCGAAAAGGAUUGGUUGAUGGAGGAUUGCGAUUUUGUUCACCUACGAUUUAUGAUUAUCAUAUUACGAAAUGUCCCCACAGUCAUGGAGAACGCAUUCAAAAGCUUAAGGCCAGGUGGAUGGAUUGAAUUGCAAGAAUUAUGCGCCGAGCCUCUAUGCGAUGACAACACAAUGCCGGACGACGAUCCGGUGAAAUAUAUGUACGAUUUGGCUGGACAAGCGUUCGGAAAAUUCGGGAUGGAUGUUACCCUACCAAAACGACUAGAGCCUUUACUCCACAAUGCAGGAUUCCGAAAUAUUCAGGUGGUGGUAAAAAAGGUGCCCAUUGGAGUUUGGGCCAAAAAUAAGACGUUGAGGUUGAUUGGACUAUAUCAGAAAAUGGCCAUUCUAGAUCUCAUGCCGGCUCUGGCUGGACGACCUUUCAGUGCUUUGGGACUGUCUCCAGAAGAGAGCCAGGUGACGCUGGCAUUUGCACGGAAGGGAUUGGAUGACUAUAAGAGACACCGGUAUUUUAAUUACUAUUUUUGGUACGCACAGAAACCAAUGUCUUGA